ACAGCAAUGACAAUACUUUUCAUAUGUAUGAUAUCAGUUUUAUGUGGAAACAAGAUUUAUCUUAUACCAGUUUAUGCUAUCGAAUAUGUUAUUUUUCAUGAUUGUAUAGCUAACACAAAAUCUAUCUUCUAUGCAACUGGAAUAUGGUACAAAAUAUCAUAUUGCAUAUUAUGUUUUUUGAGUAUUCCUAAAAUUUUUGCAGAAUAUUUCAUUUAUUUUGUAAAAAAAAAUUAAGAUUUUGUCUAAAGUAUAUAACAUGUUUUUCUAUAUGGUGUUUCUUGCUUUGUGUCAUUGGGAGCCAAUAUAUUGACAAGUUUGUUUCAACAUUCUCUUAUAACGAACCAGGAAAUAGAGUAGAAAAUACACCCUUACAUCAUGGAUCUUCACUGGUGAACAAAGAAUGUACAAAAUUAGAAACACUUGACAUAUCGGCUUUAGAAACAGAAAACGUUUUGAAAUACAAAAAGGAAACUGAGAUAUGUCAUUGCACUACAGCUGUUGAUAAAACGAGGAAGGAAAAUGUAAGCAUUCAUUAUAAGUGUCAGGGGGAAUAUGUGAUUUUUUAUAGUUUCCUUGCACUACCAAUUGUUACAUCCCCGAAGGAUAUCAAAGUCGAGUGGAAGAGAAAUAACAGAAAAAUAAAAGCUGAUAAUUACAAAAUCAAAAUAAAUACUAUAUUUGAAAAAUAUACCCAUGAAAUGGCUGUUAUGAGUUCCUUAAAUAUUUCAUUUAUUGAAGAAGAAGAUUAUGGACGAUACAUAUGUGAAGUUCAUAAGACAACAUUCUCAGGACUUUGUGUGAUAAACGGUAUUUUUACGGUAAAACAAAGAAGGCACACUGUCACUUAUACAAACCUUUUCAGUCACCAUACAUUGCAAAAAUGCAAGGGGAUAAGAGACGUUAUUUUCGUUCCCUUGGGAAAUAAAUUCCAAAUCAUAUGGCACCCUAUGAGCUUAGGAUAUGAUGGAACUAAUAUUACACAAACAUAUUUCAUAAAUGGAGAAGAUGCAGCAACGGUAGCAAAGGGCAGAAAUAGAUGUAGUGGUUGUUCUUCAUUGACGGUUCUUUUUUCCAUUUGUUUUCGCCCGCACUACAAUUUUAUCCCUAGGGGAUGUCCAAAAAAUGACAGAAUUUAUAACAUUGAUUCUGAGUUUACAUUUUCAUUUUUUUUCAAAGUGUGCCGACUUGUCUGUUUAUGGUAUGCAUACAAUCGAAUACAUGCGCCUAAAAUAUGACAAGGAUAGAAGGACAUCAGUUUACAUGAGAGUCAAACAUCCUGAUACUGUUAUAGUGCUUCCUGACACUGAACGAUUUAAACAUUUAACCAAUUUAACUCUUGUGAAAGAAAUGGACAAAUAUAUGUCAUCAGAAAGUUUAAUGAAAGAAAUUUAUCGGGAUGUCAAUGUAAACACUAUCUUCAAACGAUUUCUAUUGGAAGUAUUUAUCAUAUUUGUUAUUCCACUAGUAAUAAUUUUCAUUAACCUGAAAGGAAGUAUAUCUUCUCUCCCACUUUGGAUUUUCCGUUUUACACUUGAAAUCAGUAGGAAAAAGUACAGAUAUACCUGCUAUAUAUUUUGCUGUGAAGACUAUCAAGAGGAAGCAAAACAAUUGUAUGAUAAACUACUGAACGACAACAUUAAAGUUGGUAUAAUACUAAACGAAUGUGACCUUAAUAGAUCCGGAAGAAAAAAUUCUGAAAUAACAGCUGAUAUAGUAAAGAACUCAGCGUGUAUUAUUUUUUUUAUUUCACCUGAGUACUUAAAAGACAAUCAUUGUAAUAUGUAUCAUUUCGAUCCAAUCAUAGAAAACAUAAAAAGCAAUGUCAUUUCUAAAAGCAAUGUGCUUCUCCUAAUGCAUCCAAAUGCAGCUCUUCCGGAGGAUGUUGAUUUUAACUUGCCAAACAUUCCUAAAUUAGAAUGGAGGACGUAUAGCAUGGAAGCAUACAGACGUGUGAAGAAUUGGCUUCCAAAAAAAGUAUUUUGGUUUCCGGGUAUUGGAGGUAUCCAAGAACGUUUUCUGAUAAAAAGAGUUGCAAUUAGAUAAAUGUUGAGAAAAAUUCAUGAUUAACCAAAAAUGUAAUUUUUAUAUUUUGUCUUUGCUUGAUGUGUGUUAAAAUCUUUUAAAGAAAUGAUAGAGAUUUGAUAUGACAAAAAAAUUAAACCACGUUUUGAAUGCUAU